AUGAGUAGAACAGAGGAACUGGAGUUAGUGCUGGACCGGCAACCAAUAGAGUACCCAGCAUUAGUCAAAGAAGCUUUUUUUCGAGGUGUGUGAAAAUUUCUGAAACAUAUUUGGAAUCAUUUCAGUUAACCGAGAUGAUUUAACCCAUAACUCUGCAUCCUUGAACGACACGCACUGUUGGAUUCUUUCUAAAAAUAGCUUGUAUAUUUGGGAUCGCUCCAAGGUUUUUUUUAGAAAGCUAAAUGUUUAUUGAGACGUGAUUUGCAGCCAACAUCGGGGAGUAGAACUUCAAUUCAGCUUCCAUUACCUCCGUCUGGUCUACCGCAUUCGGUCAAAUGUGUAGUCAUUUAUCACUCGAGUGAGAUUAGAUUUCUUUGUCGACAAAUCUAUCGGAAAAUGUCAGAGUCUCGUCCCAAAUCGAAAAGCAUCGGAGUGGUGAUUGUGUCCCGGGAAGGUGUCGCGAGACAUUGGCCUUCGGUUCAUUCCCAGUCCUACGCCGAAUCCGUUUUCGAACUUGAGAGCGAAGUCGUGCUCACGGUUGAGCUGUUGGAUCCUCCUUCUGACGGUAAGGUUUCCAAGCUGGAUGGUUAAGAAAUCCUUCUACACUUCAGAGAAAUGUCCUUGAUUUUUAUCAUUGAUAAAUUAUUAAUUAAAGUGACAUGAAUGAGAUAAUUAACUUAGGGCAUUGUGAAUGAAAAUUUAAAAAAAUAAUUGUUUUGUUGAAAGCCUUGCUGGGAUGUUUGAAGGCGCUUGCAUGACCACAGUAAAAAAGUUCUUCGUCUCGUUUACUCUUUGAAAGUUUUAUAUUCUUCUUCCAGCGCCGCAACAAGAAUUUUUGAAUACAAUAUAUCUGUAUGAAUAGAACGUAUAACUGAAUAGAAGCUUCUGGUGUAUUCAGAGAAGUUUUCACAGCGCAUACUAGGAUUUCAGGCCGACCUGCCUCUUUCGCUUUAACCACCACUUCUGGUUCGAUCCACUUUUUGAGGGGAAGCGAUGACCCAUCGCAUCCUCAAGGUACACUUCUUGCUCACAAGGUAAGAUAUGUCAAGGAUUUCAAAUAACUUGAUUAUUAGGUGAUUGCUCGUAGUUCAACGGGGAUUCGACGUCGCUUAUCUUCUCUGAUCUUCGGAAGUGCUCCCGAAGGCGUCGGGUUAGUUUCAAGAGAGGCAGAGGAAAUACGAAAGUUUUCAGCUCUUCGACGACACGAAGCGUCCUUUUCUACAAUAAAAAGGAGUCGGUGAGUUACCAAUAGGGAAAGAAUGAGGGGAAUGACCGAUUCCAGUGCAACAUCGGUUUGGUAUCAGCGCGGUCGUUGAUCAUGUGCGACUUGAGAAACAACGACGCCCCACUGUGGUCCCUCAAGACGGACUCUUUCUUCCUUCCGGCAGUCAAAGAAGUCCUGGAGGUCUCGAGACAGUGAAACUUGCAAAAGAACUUGAAUAUUCAGAUGAAGCUGCGACAGGAGGUGAACGGUCUCCGUGUGAACCUCGUGGACGUCUCUUCUUUCCGCCAAGGAUACUUCGCUCUUCUCGCCGCUCAACACGAAGAUUCCAACGCCGUUUCUUUGUUUUUGGGUCAGUCCUUCAUCAAAAUCCGUCAGCUACAUGUACCGAGUAAAAAAAAAUCCGAAAACGGAUGGUUUUUACGAAAUUUGUUUAAGAGUGGCAUUGUUUUGAAUAUGCUGUAUUCUUGCCUUUUUUUCGAAGUCCGACCGGAAGUAGUUUUAUACCAUUUUUCUCGAGCAACGGAAAGAGGCAGAGAUCUUUUUGCAGCCUAUGUCGACGAGUUAACGGACGAAGCUCCGUUUGAACCGACCUGGGCCGCUCAAUUGCCGACCGCAAGUUUGAAGUCGCUGAUCGAUGUCUCAAAGUUUCCCAUCUUCAAAGAAAACCCAAUAUUUUUAGGUUGACUUCGACGAGGUGGGCAACAACCUCCAACUCGUCAUUCCCAGAAACACAGGAAAGAUGAACAAAAGCGAAAGAACGGACGGCAUAAUCGUAUUGCACACGUCUUUCGGUUUUUCGAAGGUCCUUCGGUUCCCAAAAAGGAAAUCUGUUUUCAGUUCAAGCGGUGUAUGUUCCGGAUGACUUGAAAAAAAGCGCCGAGCAAAAAAAAUAUGACCUGGUUUUGUGCAAAACGACAGCUUUGUUACCAAGAGAUCGUCUCGUGGGAGUCGGUACGAGGUUUCGGCUUUUUCACUUAUCAAGGAUAUUUUGUAGCUCAAAGUGCUCAACACUGCUACAUAAUGAUGCUGGACGGCGGCAUUUUCUCUGUGCGACUUCUCCCAAAGUUUGUUCUUUUUCAAGGGAACAUUAAUGCGAUGAAAAUACAGCAAAAAGUUUUAAAACUUAGUUCAUUUAGAAAAGAAAAAGAAUAAAACUGUAAUUCUUGCAAGUUCUCACCUCCAGUUUUACAUGAGGGAAAGUUGUUCUUUGAAGAAAACUUUUCGGUAUACCAAUAAUUUAUUUUCUCUGGAGACAUUUUGUUUCAGAGGAUUCGCCACGGACACGAUAGUUGACGACGACGAGGCGCUCAGCGAAAUGUUGACGGAAAUGGUGAAUGUGAACGUGAACGGCGGCCAUCCGGCCACGGAACGUCUUCUGAAGGCGUUCGUCCUUUUCGGCGAGAAGAGCAUGGUUCAAAUCGUUUUCUAAAUCUUUCAAAUCCAUUUUUAGGCGGAGUCGAGUGCUGAACUGCAACCGUUGAAGCAACGUGUCGAUAUGGAAUUCGCUGAGAACAUCUCGCAGUUCCUGAUCUCCAUCGUCGACUACAGCGGUAUGGAACACUUUGAGAAGAAAUGUCACAGAGUUUUCAUCGCAAAAAAGCCUCUCAAGAUGCUGCAAGGUUGCUCCAUGGUUAAUUUGUUCAAAAAAUGUUUUUCUAUUCCGUUUUCGAAGAGAGAACGCAAAAAAAAAAUGGAUAAUUAAAUUUAAAUCUGGCAGGCUCUACAGAAUAGUUAACAAGAAUAUUUUUUUUAAAUAUAUUUAUAUAGAAAACUUGUUUUCUAGACCCUUCAAAUUCAAUCGAAGCCGAAUUGAGAGCGAAAAAAGUGUUCGCCUACCGUAUGCUCCUUUUUUUGCGCCAUAUGGGUUUGUACGACAAGGUGAGAUAAUAUUCACAGGAUCGGUUAAAAAAAAGGAAAGCAAUUUGCCUUUAUUUAGUUUUGAUAGAGUUUGCGGUUAGUUUUGGAACUUGAAAAGGUGAUUAGUCGAAUCAUAGUUUUUAGGACGAUAUCCAAACUUUGAUUUUUGAGGUAGCCAACGCUCGCGUGAAUGUACCGAACAGCGAGGGACGUCGAACCGGCCUGAGCAUGUUGGCCGAGGUUCCCAGACGUCUCAGACGAUCUCAUAGCCCUUCUCUCAGAUGAACGAAAGAAUCGGGGUCGCCUUGGCUCUGCGCGAUUUCCAGCAGCUGAGCUCCAACAACAGAGAGGCGCUGAUUGCGGUGGCGCGAUACGCUGAGAAGUCGGCCGGAGAACUCGCAGUUGGAGUUCUGGACGCCGAGUCGAUGCUUUUCGGAAAGGUAGGGUAAAGGGAGGUGGAAGAGGAGAUAGAGAAGUCUCAGCUGACCCUGAUCCACUUCGUGCCGGCGGCCAUUGUCGACACUUUGCGGGCGGGUCUCAACAAACGAGUCGUUUCUGCGGGAGCCCGACAGGAGAUGCUUCACGUCGCCGCCGACGCGAUGGUCGCCUUCAUCGAAGGCGUCGAGAUAACUCGCAGGUCCAUUUCAUGGGAUACAACCCUGCAUUUCUUCACAUACGAAAAAGUUCUUGUGGAUUUUUUUUUUGGAGUCCAUUUUCAUUCAUCGAAACCUCAGAAAAAUCAAAUAGCUUGCUUACAUUUUUUCCUAAGAAUUAUGUUUUUCGUGAAUGCACAGUCUAUGUUUCCUUUAUCGUCAAAAUUUGAAAAAUCUUUAUUUUUUGUCAAAAAAACGUAACCAAUGAAAUAACUAUCCAAAAAAUGUUUUCAGCUCCCCAGGAGCUGUUCAAUUGGAUGGCACGACCAAUUUGUGGACGUGUGGAUCUGUUGCCAUCGCGUUUGAGACUAUGGUUCUUUCCACCGAAUCAUUAUUUUUGAAAGAAAAAAUCUUAGGCGAAAAUUCUGAUCGACGAAAUCAAUGCGAUCGAAGUUUCCAGUUCUGAACGAGCUCGACUCACCGCGUAUAUUGUCAGGUAAAAACUCAGUUAGAAGAAGCAUUUGUCUGAAAUCCAUAAAUAUAUUCAAUUUCUCUCCAAUUUAUUUAUAUAAAAAGCAAAGUUUUCGAGUUUUUUUUUCUUUGAAUUUUUGUAGGAUACUAAAUGUUUGCUUUCUAGAAAAGAGUAAACGGCAGUAAGAGCACAUUUUCUCUCAGAUUGUUUUCCUUCCAUCUGAGCGAAACGGGAGAACAGCCAGAAGGUCAUCCGCUUCUUCGAAAACUCUUCGAACAAGGCGAAAGUGCGGCCGCCGUUCUCUUGGCAGAACGCUUCAAGGUGUGCCAAUAACAUUUUUCGUCGCUGAAAGUCGUCAAGAGUUCAGGACUUCAAAACCUUGAUCAAAAUCUGCUUGCUUCUUGGGGAAGAAGAACGUCAAGUUCAGUUCGAAGCGUACAAAAAGCGAUACGUCGAGGACGACUUCGAGAUGUACCUUUGCAAGUAUUUCAAAGAGAAAGGUUAUUUUAGAAGUUUUCAUUAUCUUAUCGGGGUGAUGACAUUCAUCGAUGAUAUUUUUCCUCGUUAUAAUAUUUUUCGAUUCAUCCACGUAAAUUCUGAAAACGAUUCAUUCCUUUUUUUUCGAGAAAUUGAAUAUGAAUAGAAAUGAUGUCCGUGGAGCGAAAAAAAAAAUCUCGGCCUAUUUUUUGGUGUUAUUGAGUGGACGUUUUUUCCAAUGUUUUCAGGUCUAAACGAACUUCUACUAACACAGCGCGGCCAGCGAGUCGACGAGUACUUGAACAAUUUCAAAGAGCUCCGAUAUUCUCGUGAAAUCGCUAACAAACAAUACGAAAAAGUGCUUUUAAUCCCAUGUCUUCAUUUAUUUUCCUGUUUCAGGCGGCUCGAACAUUGGCGAAUUUGGCGGCUUCAGAAAAAAAUAACUUUGAUAAGUUUGCCAUGUAUUUGUCGCAGGUAAUUGAGGUUUAUAUCGACGUCGAGAGUCAAGUUUUUGAGGCGAAAAACUGUGCGUCGGCUUGUGAAGACGCGGCAGACGAUAUCUUGGAGUUUUAUCAGAGAAGGGCUCCGGAAGUGAAGGGCCGACGAGCGAUUCCGGCCGAGGUGAUCGAGGCAAGUCUGUUUCGGCCUUGAGCACGGCUGAGUUGGAAGUGUUGAGGAAAUAGAGACUUUCGAAAAGUUCGCAUAACAAAUGGCAGGAAUGUUUAUUCAUAAGUUUGAGAAACCCGCGCUUUUUUUUGUUAUUUCUCUUUUUUUUUUAAGAUUGUGCAGAUUCUCUAUUAUUCUUGAUGUGAAAUGUCUGUCUGCGCUCUCCACCAACUGAACACUGUCUCUUUUCUUAUCGUGUCAGGACCUUGAUUCGUUCGAUGACUUGAGCCGGGCGUGAAUAAACUAGGAAGUUUUUGGGACCUCGGUCACGCAAAUCUGAACGUUUCUGAGCACUUCUAGUGAUCACUUAAGGGUACUGAAGCCACUAAAGGUAUCACUCACUAGAAACGCGAGAAAGAACGGCCGGGCGGAAAGUUGAAAGUAGCCAAUUUUGGAAAAAUUGGAUGAUUCUGACGGCGGCGGUAUAAGUGUUUUAGGUAUCCUUAUUUCUCUGCAAAAUGAGUAUGAACAAACAGAUAAAUCAGUAACUCUUUGAUAAAAACUUUCCUGAUCAGCAUCAGUGGUAAGAUCAAGUUAAAAACAAAAACGAGAAUAUUGUUGGAAGAAAGUUUUUUGAUCUUUUGUUUUCAAUGACUUGAGGCUUACGCAUGUAAUCGAUCUGAGCAAGUGGGCUUCAAAAAUGCAAAAGUAACAAAUUUCAAUCUAUCAAGAAAAAAAAAGCCAUCGUGCGACUCCAAUUGAUGUUGCUUUGAAUUAUAAUCGAAAUACAAAAAGUCUGGGAUUGAAAUCAGCGCAAAUGUUCAAAUUUCGGUCUUCAAAUCAAAAGUAACAAUAUAAUUCUAGACUGUAUAUCCGGGUAAUCCAAAUGUGAUGCUUACGAUAGACCAGCUCAUCGAGAUCAACAUGAUUCCUCAAAGUACCGACGAAGAAAGUACUUUAAGCGGGUAUUUGAGGUUCAGAUAACAGAGUAUCCUGAAAAGUACAAUCGAAGUUUCCUUCAGAGCACUGAACUUGGUUUCUGAUUUGUUGCAAGUCGAGAAGUCUUCAGAAGUCAAACGGCUUCUGAUGAAAGUCUGGAGCAACGUUUUGGACUGUGAUGAGUGGGCUCGGGUUUGAAAUCGUCAGAAAGAAGGCGUUCAGUGCGAAUUUCAGUGUAAAUCGAGCCACGAUGUCAGUACAACAGUUCUCGGAAAGCUUCUGGCCGCGUUGGUCGAGCGGAGAAUGGCCCUACGUAAGCGGCCGCCGGAGUUUUCGCCUUCUAAUACUUUAUUUUCAGCCGGUUCCGCUUUUCCAUCUUGGGAAUACGCCAAACGGCUCGAAAUCCUCCCAAAUUUGGACGAUCUUCUGAGUGAAACGGCAAAAGUAUGUUCAUGUUUAUACCUCAAACUUCAGAAAAUAUUCCAUCAAGGUAUUUACAAACCUUAUGAAGUAGUGUUAAAUUUAGGAGUAAAGUUUUGGUUUUGAUAUAUCUCAAAAUGGUUAGGAUUGUACAUGUCGAAUAGAAGAGAAGGCUCGAUUUUCUUAUAAAAAAACCUAAAUAAUUAUCUGGGAUGGGUUCAAUUAAUCAACUCUUUUCAAAAGAAGCCAUUUUUGACAGUUUUUUUUUCACUUUCUGCUAUCAUUCCACCUAUCCAGUUCAUUUUUUCAGUUCAUUUUUUUGUACGAAGAGCAAAACUUUAAAAAAAAUGAUCAAAAAUCAUUUUCCCGAUCUCUUACGAGAGCGAGAAUGUGUUAACAAUGUUAUGCUUCCGAUAUUUUCUUCAAGGCUUUCAUGUAAUGCACUUCAAGUUAUACAUAUUAUAUACGAACUUGCAUUCAGAAUUUCGCGGACGCUCGCAAAGCGGCGGCAUGGGUUCGAUCGGCGUUUGCCGCAGCAAGAACGCAGCUGCAGGACCUCGCGAAACGUCCCAAAGCUUCUUUUUACGAGUUGGACGCUGAGAACUCAGGCCCGAUAGCCAUGGCGGCCUUCGCCAAAAUCGGGCCGGCCCUCUCCGCCCGCCGUCGGCAUCCCCCGCCUGUCGAGUCUAUCUAA